AUGCGCGGAAAACAUCGAGUUCCCCUGUUUCUUCCGACCGAACCGUUCCCGCCCUGCGUCCGCCCAAUGUCUCCUGCCCCGGUGACGAUUUUACCCCCUGGUCUUUUAGAACCCGUUCCUAUCUCAAAGCAGUACCAGUUUCUCAGUACGGACAGUAUAUGCUCAACCUACUUGACGACUUUGCAGCACGACAACUACCGUCAACCGGCACCCCAAUCGAAGCGCCACCAGCCCCCCUGUGGGCAACGACCUCUUCAACAUCAGGCAGCCAACUCUGCUCCAGUUAGAGAGGUUCAGGGAGCGAAAGCAAUUAUCCGGCGGGUCCGUGGACCAGUUUUUGGGAAGCCUCAGGGAUCUCGCAGCAAAAAAUUACGUGGUGGAAGACAGAAUAUAGAUCGAGGGGUAUCUCACCCUGGCCUGAAGGCAGAACUUAUCCGUCAUCCUCCAGAUAAUAUAUGUGACGCAAUCCAACUUGCCCGCAGUUAUGAGGCAACAUUAGAGCUGGAACCACAACUUCAUGCCUUGAAGAUAACCGCCGAUCCUGGUCCUCGUCAGCUACCACCUGGUAACCGGAAUAACCGGCCGAGAAACCGGAUGAACCCCUACCGCUGCGUUCACAAUCCCCCAAUCCGUCCCACCGGUGAUCCUCUAUCCUUUUGUAAUUUGGUACCUAUCAUUUCUCAUAUUUCCCAUUCUACGCCACCACUCAGAAUCUCAGGUUACCCAGACAAACGCCCAGUACGUUUCUUGGUGGACACGGGCGCUUCGUGCUCCGUACGAGUGGUACACCGCCCCAAACAGUGGGAACAGCGUUACUUUCUGUCAGCAUCGGGCGACCAGUUCUAUUGCGCCCCGGUGAUAUGGGAAGCCAUCCUUGGGAUGGACUUUUUAAAGAAAUAUGAGUCUUCUAUCGACUUUACCAGCGGACAGAUCACGUUCGACAACCCCUGCCAACCAAACCCUGAUGUCCUCUCCCCUGCCCCUCCGGAGACGAAGCACGGCCUAACGGAACUAUUAAAUGAAUUCUCCACUUCGUUUGACACCCACAGAUCUAAACUAGGCCGUACCCAUAUCCUUCAACAUACUAUCGAUACUGGACACCACCACACUGGGCACCACCACCCUAUAUAUCAAACCCCUUGCAGAAUCCCUAUUAACUACCGUGCCCAACUGGACGCCAUGAUUCAAGAGAUAUUAGACGACGGGAUCAUUCGGCCGUCAUCAUCCCCAUGGGCUUCUCCCAUUGUCCUUGCAAAGAAGAAGGACGGAAAUUUGCGCAUGGGCGUUGACUAUCGGAAAUAA